GCCGCGGGGAAUGGGAGUCCCAGGGCCCUGACUGAGCACCGCCCCCGCCUCCCUGCCGCGACAUGGCUCAGGAGAAGAUGGAACUGGACCUGGAGCUGCCCGCGGGCACGGGCGCUAGCCCAGCGGAAGGCGGCGGCCCGGGCAGCGGGGGCCUCCGGAGGUCUAACAGCGCCCCCCUCAUCCACGGCCUCAGCGACUCCUCGCCGGUGUUCCAGGCCGAGGCGCCUAGCGCCAGGAGGAACAGCACGACGUUCCCGAGCCGCCACGGCCUGCUGCUCCCGGCCUCGCCGGUCCGAAUGCACAGCAGCCGCCUGCACCAGAUCAAACAAGAGGAGGGCAUGGACCUGAUCAACCGAGAGACGGUCCACGAGCGCGAGGUGCAGACCGCAAUGCAGAUAAGCCACUCCUGGGAGGAAAGUUUCAGCCUGAGUGACAACGACGUGGAGAAAUCCGCCUCUCCAAAGCGCAUCGAUUUCAUUCCGGUGUCUCCAGCACCGUCACCCACCCGGGGAAUUGGGAAGCAGUGUUUUUCACCGUCCUUGCAAAGUUUUGUGAGUAGCAACGGAUUGCCUCCAAGUCCUAUUCCCAGCCCAACCACCCGGUUUACUACCCGGAGAAGCCAGAGUCCCAUCAACUGCAUUAGACCAAGUGUUCUUGGACCAUUGAAAAGAAAAUGUGAAAUGGAAACUGAUUAUCAGCCAAAGAGAUUUUUCCAGGGCAUCACCAACAUGCUUUCUUCUGACGUUGCACAGCUGUCAGAGCCCGGAGUGUGUGUAUCUUCUGAUACCCUGGAUGGAAACAGCAGCAGUGCCGGAUCUUCCUGUAAUUCACCAGCGAAAGUCAGCACUACCACCGACUCUCCUGUGUCGCCUGCCCAAGCAGCCUCCCCCUUUAUUCCAGUAGAUGAACUUUCCUCAAAGUGACUCACUCGUCUUGAAUCCCCCUCCCCCAAUGGAGAGACAAAAAAAUCAAGUUAGAGCAAGCACUGAACUUUGUCGAUUACGUUGAAGCUGUUUCCUAUUUGACUCUUCCCUCUUUUUGGAAAUUCCUGAAAUGUUAUUCUAGAGAAUUUCUAUGUCAGGUUCCUGCGGAUGCCCUUGAAUUCAGUGUAGUAAUAUUUUCGGACUUUUUAUCAAUAAGUGUGUUGAAGCAUACAUUUUACGCUGCUAAUAUGUCUAAAUACAUAUGUUAUCCCUUGAUUUUUUUAAAUAAUUGAGAGCUCUAUUUAUUUAUGGGAUUAUUAAGUUCUGAUGAAAAUAUAAAUGUUGAAUUUCAGUUUAGUAAACUGAUGUUUUAAAAUUCCAUAA